AUGUCUUCUUUCUUCACUAUACCCAACUCCCAAAAGAAGAGGAAACGAAAUGAUGCCCCAGAAGUACCCAAGAAAAGAUUAGCUGCCUCAUCGAAAGCUCCCGCGAAACAGCCAAAACCUGCGAAAAAAACCGAAAGAGAUGAAUCGAUUUCUGGAAGCGACUCGGAGAGCGAGGGAGGUCAAUUGGACGACGACGUUGCAGAUCUCACCUCGGAUGAUGAAUUGGAGGGAGAGGGAGAGGAAGAAACUGCGGCGGAGCGCAGGCUGAGAUUAGCAGAAAGAUAUUUGCAAAAUAUCCGGGAGGAGGUAGCAGAUGAUGAAAUUGGGUUUAACGCCGAGGAAAUUGAUCGAGAUUUGAUCGCUGAACGUUUAGAAGAAGAUGUUGCGGAAUCGAAAGGAAAAAUAUACAAAACAUUGGCAGACGAAUUAAAAUUCGGGGAAGCAUCGAGUUGUCAUUUUAAGAAGGAUUCGCAUUCAUUUACGGGUGUAGCUACAUGUGCGCCAUAUGUCUAUACUGUGACCAAGGAUAUGUGGCUAGUCAAAUGGAAAAUACAGGACUUACCAAGGGACCAAUAUCCGCAAAAGAAGGGCAAGAAGAAGAGCAAGAAACCUUCACCACCGCCGAAGAAAAAGCCUACCCUAGUAGCUUCAGUACGAGGGGAUCAACGAAAGUCGAAAGUGACAUCCUUCAUGGGACAUACCGACGCAAUCAUUUGUGUGGCCGCCUCACAAGAUGGUAAAUUCGUUGUAACAGGUGGAGUGGAUCGAAAGAUUAUUGUUUGGAAUGCAGAGACUCUUCGACCUAUUCGAGUUUUUUCGCAACAUCGAGACUCAAUUACAGGUUUAGCUUUCAGAAGAGGAACAAAUCAAUUAUAUUCCAGUUCAAAGGAUCGAACGAUCAAGAUAUGGAGUUUGGAUGAAGGUGCAUAUGUGGAAACUUUGUUCGGUCAUCAGGAUGAAGUUGUGGAUAUUGCUUCUCUUGCCCAAGAACGCUGCAUAUCAGUAGGCGCUCGUGAUCGUACAGCCCGUUUAUGGAAAGUGGUGGAGGAAACACAACUAGUUUUCCGGGGCGGUGGAGGUGAGAAGAAGUCUCGUCACAAGAAUAAUCCUAAUGACCUCCGUACGCUUGAGGGUAGUAUCGACCGCAUAGCUAUGGUUGAUGAGGAUAUGUUCAUUACUGGAGGCGACAACGGAUCACUGUCUCUUUGGACCAUUCACAAGAAAAAGCCAAUCUACACAUUGUCUCAAGCUCACGGAGCAGACGAGCCAAUCAAACCCGAAGAAGCAUCCGCAGAAACCGACCCCUCCAAAAGAAUCGUACCUCGUCCCUCACCCCGCUGGAUUACAGCUUUAACCACAAUUCCCUACUCCGACGUCGUACUCAGUGGUAGCUGGGAUGGUGUAGUUCGAGCCUGGAGAGUCAGUGCCGACAGAAAAAGCCUUGAAUCUAUGGGCCCCGUUGGUCGAAUCGCUGAUACCCCUAUGAAUGGUGCAAAUACCAAGAAAAAUGGAUCCCAAGCACCAGCCCGUGGCAUCAUAAAUGACAUAUCAGUUUUCGAACGCGGUGAUAGGGGAAAGGAUGGUGUAUGCAUUAUUGCAGCAGUAGGAAAGGCCCACCGUCUAGGUAAUUGGCAAAAGGCACCAGCGGGAAGAAACGGAGCAGUCAUAUUUGAAGUCUCGAGGAAACAGAUAACUAAUGGUGUUAAUGGGCAUGCGGAUGAAAACGGGAAGGAGGCAUAA